AUGCCUUGGGAACAGGAAUCAGAACUUACAAAGAGGGAUAAAGCUGCCAGAGUCAUUCAGAGGGCCUGGAAACGUUUUCUUAAUGUCACUGUCUUCCAACACUUUAAAAGACUGAUUGAUCUAAGAAGACGAGGAGAGCCACGUCAGAUAGUGAGAUACAUCAAUCCUAAAGAGGCAGAGCUGCUAGAUGCUGCUGCGGGCAUUCAUGUACGAUUCAGAUUAGGUGGUGUUAAAUUUCCACCUGAUAUAUACUAUAAAAUUUUCACUCAUAGACCUAUUGAAGAUCUGUGUGCUAAUAGCCCUAGAGAUUAUACAAAACUUCCAGCAAAAUAUACAUCUCAUAUUAAAAGUAAAAGUGAUAAUCUUCAGGAAGAGGAUCAUCGUGGCUGGUAUCGUCGUAUAGAGAACAAUGGCUGGAGGCUUGUCUCUGAUACAUUUUGGGUGUCUCCUGAAAACAUAGAGGUGGGAGACAAAAAAGAAAGCGAAUUCCAUUUCUCUAAACUGAAGAGAAGGCAAGAUAUGGAAAAGAAAAGAAAAAUUAGAAAAAUAGAAUGGAUGAGGAAAAUGUACUAUACAGGAAGCCUAGAGGCCAGGUCAACAAAUGCUAAAACUCUAGGUUUAAUCCACACAGCAACGAAGGGGCUAAUGAGAGCUGUUGAAAUCGGUGGAAUAGAUUCGGUGAUGGAAUGGGAGGUGGAUGAAGUGCUCAACUGGACAAACACGCUGAACUUUGAUGAGUAUAUUGCCAACUGGAAGGAAAUUGCUACAAGCAACUCUUCAGCUAACUUCAAAAGUUUCCCAUUUGAGCAAGCACGGAAACGAGGAUACGACUGUGCAGAUAUAUCAGAGGAGAAAUUGGGAAUCCCAGAAGAUACUUUAGAUGGAAGUUUUUAUGAAAAACCAAAUUUUCCUAGACUAUCACCUGAUCUCACUUACAGAGUAUAA